GUCUUCCGACGGUCCCGGUAAGGUGCUGACGUGAGCGCGGUUCCUUCUCAGGUUGACUACUACAAUAGGUCAGGUCAAAUAACUACUCGUUGACCUCUAGGAUGCUUCGUCGGCUUCCAAUAAUCUGCGCCGGGAUUAUCCUCUUUGGCCAGCAGCAGGACGCCCUGGCCCAAGCGCUGUUACCAGACUACUGCAGCGAAGAGGUGAUGAUUGCACACAUCAACAAAAAGGGCAACGCAAACAUCCACCACGGCAGCAAGAUCGAGGAGAUCCCAGCGCUGACCACGGGGAACCACCGAGGUCUGACGGAGGUGGCCAACUACUUCGGGAUAACCUCUCCGGAGGACGUCGCGAAUUUCGACGACUCGGUGGCCGAGUGCUGCAAGCAAUCGGACGUUUGUCGGGAGAGGGGGGGUUGGUGUCUGCCCUCGUGGUUCAAGUGGUUCUUCCCCUGCUACGACGAUGCUCUGUGUCUGGGCGCCGGCUCCUAUGGCGGCUGCACCUGUAUCUUGCCGACUUCGGCAUGUCCGUGCAACGGCACAUGCACGUAUGACGGCACGUGCAAGAGCGGCUGCUCAAGUACGGAGAACUCUAUCCGGAUAACUCGUUGCGGCGCAGAUCCCAGCGAAUGCGGCUGUUGCGUCCAAUGUAGGGGGACGUGUGGAGAGAAUGGCCAAUGCAGGAAGUUCUGCAAUUUCCUGUGGGAGACUCAGAUUGGUACUUGUAUGGGCUCCUCUCAGUGCAGAUGUUGCCAACGGUGCGAGGGAACUUGCGGAGGCAACGGCACCUGCAGGAAGAUCUGCCGACAAACGGAGUACCAAGAUGGCCCCUGCAUGGGGACUACCGGCUGCAAAUGUUGCAAAAAGAAGGUCAAUGAUUGCUCUCACCAACCGUGUGGAAGACUUGGCAUCUGCGCGUCUGCGUGCCCACCGUUAUUCACCGUAGCUGGCGAAUGCAGUGAAAACUGCGUGUGUUGCACCUUCUACAAUGCAGUUGGUGCAAUGGGGAACAAGGACAGCAUAAGUCGCUCUGGGAAGGAAGACUAAAAUGUGACAGUCAGGAGUUCGUCACCGGUGUCAAUAGACUUGAGUCUCUCUCUCUCUCUCUCUCUCUCUCUCUCUCUCUCUCAAAUUUAAACAGGGACUGUAUCUUUACCUAAAGGUUAAAAGAUUUUAUUUCAUAUUUAAUGGUAUGUAUUUUUAUUGGCUCUCUCUCUCUCUCUCUCUCUCUCUCUCUCUCUCUCAAAUUUAAACAAGGACUGUAUCUUUACCUAAAGGUUAAAAGAUUUGGUUUUAUAUUUAAUGUUAUGUACCUAUUUUUAU